UGUAAUCAGAAGAAAAAUAAGCGACUGAGGGAGAGUUGAGGAACGGAGGGGCCGAAGGUGGAUGCACGAGAGACUGCGGAGCCGAGAGAGGACGAGAGAGGUAGCGGAAAACUGCUGAGGUUUAGAGAAGAGUAAAGACAAGAAGCAUCAAAAGUCCCACAGUCGGUACCACACCAGAUUCAGGGAUGUAGCCGAAGAGGGGAGAGCUCAGCCUUUCCGAGCUCAUCACUAUGAAGAAACAUUCGGCCAGGGUUGCCCCGCUGUCCGCUUGCAAUAGCCCGGUGCUCACCUUAACGAAAGUCAAAGGAGAAGAUCGUCCCAGAGAGAAUGUGGUGGGCAGCACAGCAGACGGCCAGGCGGCAAACGGCGGGGCGCCGGGGGCGGAGCCUGCUACGGGGAGGUGGAGACUUCGUUGCUGCAUCAAAAUCACGGCCGUACAGGUGCGGAAGGCGCUGUGGGGCGUUGCCAUGGUGAUGUGUGUGUGCUCAUCUUGGGCGGGGUCCACCCAGCUCGCCAAGCUCACCUUUAAGCAGUUUGACGCUCCCUUCACCCUCACCUGGUUCGCCACCACCUGGAACUGCCUGUUCUUCCCCCUCUACUACAUCGGACACCUGUGUAAGAGCCCUGAGAGACAGACCCCCAGACAGAGGUUCAGGGAGUGUUGUCGGUUUUUCGGGGACGACGGGCUGACAGCCAAGGUGUUUUUCACUAAGGUGGCUCCGUUUGGCUUGUUGUGGAUCCUCACCAACUACCUGUACCUACAGGCCCUGAGGAAGAUCAACACCACAGACGUGUCAGCUCUGUUCUGCUGCAACAAGGCCUUCGUAUUCCUGCUCUCUUGGAUCGUACUGAGAGACCGCUUCAUGGGGGUCAGGAUCGUGGCGGCCAUCUUUGCCAUCGCUGGCAUCGUGAUGAUGACGUACGCUGACGGUUUCCACAGCCACUCUGUCAUGGGAGUCACCUUCGUUGUGGCCUCCGCUUCAACGUCUGCACUCUACAAGGUGCUCUUUAAAAUGGUCCUGGGCAGUGCCAAGUUUGGGGAGGCAGCGCUCUUUCUGACGAUCGUCGGCGGGGCUAAUUUUGUGUUCAUCAGCUUUGUGCCAGUCAUCCUGUACUUCACCCAUGUGGAAUACUUUGGUUCUCUUGAGGACAUCCCCUGGUUAUACCUCUGUGGGGUAGCAGGCCUGCUCUUUGCUUUCAAUAUCCUGGUGAACUUUGGCAUUGCCAUCACGUACCCCACAUUAAUCUCCCUGGGCAUCGUCCUGAGUGUCCCUGUCAAUGCCCUGGUUGACCUGUACACGUGUGAGAUCCACUUCAACGCAGUGCGUCUGAUCGCCGUGUUGAUCAUCUGCCUGGGCUUCCUGAUGUUGCUGCUUCCAGAGGACUGGGACCAGUGUUUCAUCCAGCUCCACGCUAAGCUGCAGAGUAAACGGGAGGAACCAGCCGAGGAGGAGGCAGGGCCCGGGUCCAGCCUCAACUGGAGCAGGAGAGCAAGGACCUCCAUGUCUACCUUUACACACUGACCACCGUUAAAUGUGGAGGGAUGGACGGGCGGACACACUGAAACAGACAGCGGCAAACAUGGACACGAAUGGAUGAAUGAACAGAUGGACACACACACACACACACACACACACACACACACACACACACACACACACACACACACACACACACACACACACACACACACACACACACACACACACACACACACACACACACACACACACACACACACACACAGUCCACCGUGGACACUUGAUUGCCACGAUGACCUGCAUGGUCGACCUCUGCCCUCCGCCCUCUCUCUCUCUUUCCCCUUCCCUCUCACUAGUUUCUGCCUGGAAACCUUUCUGUUGGUCUGUCGGUCCGUCUGUUCAUUUCACUGCAAAAAGCACUGAUAUCAAUAUUUGUUAAUUUCACAAUCAACAAACAAUGAUUUCCUACUUGACCUCCACCAUAUUAGAAGUCAUCAGAGUUGGUGCAUGGGCUCACGUCAUUUAGCAAUACCUCAAAGUCAUUCCAUUGGACAGAUACAUUUAUUUACAUCAUGCCUGGGAAGACUUGCGAACUUGCCUUUGCUUUUCAAAAGACAAGGAUAGAUUGACAGACAAUUGUUCAAUUUUCUGUCUGUUUUUUGUCAGACUGAUGAUGGACUUUCUGGCUUUAACAUCAUGUUCCCAUCAACCUUCAAGAUCCAAAGAAGAAGAAAACUAGGAGAGGGAGUUCUAGUGGGCAUGUCCCGGUUGUCCCUCAGGUGUCAACAUAAUGGCAAAUACCUGGCUUUAGUGCACUGUAGAUCUCCAUAGCCCAAUUCCAAACAGACCCUAGCCCCUAAACCCUAGCCCCUACUACUUUGGCAGUUCAUGUAGAUCUGAAAAAAUUAGAUAGGUAUAAUCAGUAAGGUAAUGGUUCCAUAUUGUCCUCUAUUAGAUAGGUAUAAUCAGUAAGGUAAUGGUUCCAUAUUGUCCUCUAUUAGAUAGGUAUAAUCAGUAAGGUAAUGGUUCCAUAUUGUCCUCUAUUAGAUAGGUAUAAUCAGUAAGGUAAUGGUUCCAUAUUGUCCUCUAUUAGAUAGGUAUAAUCAGUAAGGUAAUGGUUCCAUAUUGUCCUCUAUUAGAUAGGUAUAAUCAGUAAGGUAAUGAUUCCAUAUUGUCCUCUAUUAGAUAGGUAUAAUCAGUAAGGUAAUGGUUCCAUAUUGUCCUCUAUUAGAUAGGUAUAAUCAGUAAGGUAAUGGUUCCAUAUUGCCCUCUAUUAGAUAGGCAUAAUCAGUAAGGUAACGGUUCCAUAUUGUCCUCAGAAUUUCCACCAUAUUGCUUAUACCUUUUCAAUUCUCUUAGAUCUUCACAACUGCAUAGGGGGUAGAGGGUAGGGGGAAGGGGGCGAUUUGGGAUUAGACGUUAAUUCACAUUUUGGUUGCCCUCCAGCUCAGGAGCCUGUAGAUGUUAGGGUGUGAAGGAAUCUGUCUGGGCUUUUCACUAUCAAUCUGAGCCAUGGAAUGUCUCGCUGUGCCUCCAGCAAAUGAGAAGAGCCAGAGCCAUCUACAGCCACACUGAUUGGCCACCUGCUGUGAUACACUUCCCCCUUAGGUCAGAUCCAGAGCUCCAGCUGGUUCCAGGCUGACACCCUCAGAUCCAGAGCUCCAGUUGGUUCCAGGCUGACACCCUCAGAUCCAGAGCUCCAGCUGGUUCCAGGCUGACACCCUCAGAUCCAGAGCUCCAGCUGGUUCCAGGCUGACACCCUCAGAUCCAGAGCUCCAGCUGGUUCCAGGCUGACACCCUCAGAUCCAGAGCUCCAGCUGGUUCCAGGAUGACACCCUCAGAUCCAGAGCUCCAGCUGGUUCCAGGCUGACACCCUCAGAUCCAGAGCUCCAGCUGGUUCCAGGCUGACACCCUCAGAUCCAGAGCUCCAGCUGGUUCCAGGCUGACACCCUCAGAUCCAGAGCUCCAGCUGGUUCCAGGCUGACACCCUCAGAUCCAGAGCUCCAGCUGGUUCCAGGCUGACACCCUCAGAUCCAGAGCACCAGUUGGUUCCAGGCUGACACCCUCAGAUCCAGAGCUCCAGCUGGUUCCAGGCUGACACCCUCAGAUCCAGAGCUCCAGCUGGUUCCAGGCUGACACCCUCAGAUCCAGAGCUCCAGUUGGUUCCAGGCUGACACCCUCAGAUCCAGAGCUCCAGUUGGUUCCAGGCUGACACCCUCAGAUCCAGAGCUCCAGCUGGUUCCAGGCUGACACCCACUGCUCAGUCCCAUGGCUUCAGUCAUGACACGCCAGACCAGCCAAACUUAACCAAGCAGCUACAUUUGCAUUAUUUCAACCUCAUAUAAACCUAUAUCUGCUUUGAUACCUGUCAGUAGAUUUCCCACCUUUAAAGUCACCUUGUCGUGAAGCAGACGUACUAUAGUGGUAUACUCUGUCAGUUAGCCAGUGUUGCAGCAACACUAGCCUGGAUUCCAGUCUGUUUAUGCCCUCUUACCAACUCCUUAUAGAAUUGUCAUGGCUUGGGAGUUGGAAAGAGCACAACCAGAUCUGGGAUCAGGCUAAUGACACACAGGGACAAAUCAAACUGCAAAUGAUUAUCUGUAAGGGUGUUGUCUCCUGUGCAAACCUUAUUCCAAGAUGCACAGCCAGGGGUGGGUAGAAAUUAUUACUCUGGCUGUGGCGUUUUGGUUGAGGCCCCAUUAAGGAAGUCCUAUUGAAGUCAUAGGGAGAUCUGCUACGACAUGUUCUGGCUGUGGUGGGAUCCAGCUUUGUCUUUCAGAUACUGUUUUAUUACAUUGAUUAUGUUUCUAAGGCAAGUUAACCACUGUGAAGACUCUUCAGGGUUACUGAUGAGGUAACGAACCCAGAAAAACACAGACCACAAUGUUGGCGCGGCUUCAAACAGGAAGUGGGCAGAACCUCUGUCUUGUUGUGAAUGUAUACAUGACCACUGCUCAACACUCACCAUGUGCUAUCUAUCUUUUCUAUUUCUUCGGAGGGGGGCACCAUUAGACUGGACAUGCCACAGCCUCACACUACAACGACCAUUCUUCUUGCACUCAUCCUUCAACGAACUCUGUGAUGCAUCUUAUUAAAAAAUGGACAUGUUUUUCUAUUUCUGCAUUUAGUUUGACCACUGAUGUGAAGGGACAGCGAGUGACUGACAUGCCAUCUACAGAACAAGCAUGCAGAGAUGACCAGAUAUAACUGAGCAGUCCAGUCCAUUCACUGCCUAUUCUUUUUGUUUUGCAAUAGAGUACAGGGUUGGGCUCAGUUUCAUUUCAAUUCAGUCAAGUCUGGAAGUAAACUGAAAUUACAAUUCUCAUUGAAAAGCAUCGAGGAACAUUUUAAUUGAAGUUUGGAAUUGGAAUUGCAGUCCUAAGUUGGCUGAAUUGUAAUGGUACUCAACCCUGAAUAGAAGUACUACAUCAGCACUGUAAUCUCCCAUUGUCAUUCUUCGUAAUGACAAUAUAAUAAUGAUAUUGUAUUCCUCUGGAAUUAUUGCUAGACAUAACUGUAAACCUUUGUAAGGAAUGAAGCUGACUUUUACACUGAACUAAUAAAUGCAACAUAUGAUUAUCACA